GACGGCCGCCCCGGUUCCACGCUCCGUGCCGGGGCCGUUCUCGGCGGGACGCUGCCUCCGCUCAUCGCCGCAGGUAGGGGACCGGCCCCGGGACCGGCUGAUGGACGUCCCCGGCCCUAUUGGUCCCACUGCCCUCCCCAAGCACAUCUUGGACAUCUGGGUCAUCAUUCUUAUCAUCCUGGCCACCAUCCUCGUCAUGACAGUCCUGGUGCUCUGCCCGGCCACGGCUGUCAUCAUAUACCGGGUACGGACUCACCCCACACGCAAUGGCGUCGUGUGAGGGGGGACAGCGGGACUCCCACCACGGGGUACCCCACGAGUGGGGAGAGGAUGGGGCCGGAGUGGGAGUGAAGCCAACAGGCUGCUGGGGAGCACAAGGGGAUCUGGUUGUGUGGCAUUGAGGACAUGGAGGUGAUGCCCAGCUGGAAGUGACUUGUUCCUGUAAGAUAGCUUCCCUCUGCCGUCUUGCAGCCACAUUAUCCCAUCGGGACUCUCCCAGCACCAGCAGCAAGGCAGCAAGGACCGUAAAUGCCUGGCAUAGUUAUUUCUCCAGCUGCUGGGCUGGUUGGAAGAGUCAAAGCCAGAUGACGGAUGUGGCUUCAGAUCCACACUGCUGAAAGCAUUACUGCAGGAGCCCAUCCCAGCAGGAAUGCAGCUGGCACCAGUGGUUCCAUGUGUCAGAUAUCGACUGGAAUUCCAGGAAACUCUAUGGGGUUCAGUUCCUAUGGGUCCAAAGGGACAGAGGAGUGUGGGCAGCUCCUGCCUGCGUGGUGUCGGGGCUGCAUUCCUUCCCCUGUGCCUUCCUAUCCAACAGGCAGCAGAGGGUUCCCUCACAGGCACUGCCAGACCAAAUAAGCUCGUAGAAAAUAAAUUGACUUUAUUCUAUA